AAAAAAAGUGUCCGAGUGGAAGUCGACAAGAAAAAAUGAAGGCAUUCUUGAUCGUCGCCUUUUUAGGCUGGGCGACCGCGCUUUCUGACAAGCCGGAAGUCAAAGCCGCGGAAUCCGAUGCGAAAUCAUCAUCCGAUUCGGCCAGAUCGAAACGCCACCCAGGCUACUUUUCAUCAUCGCCCUACCAGAACCUUAACAACGGCUACUAUUCAUACCAAUCGGGCCCUCAAGUGUCCUAUUACUACUACAAACAUAACUCGCCGCCUCGCACUUACUACUCAUCCUCAUACAAUUCCCUACCGCAAACUUUCGGGUAUCAAUCGUACGGUACCGGAACCCAGUUCGGUAACGGAGUCCAAUCGCAUGUCACAGGAACUAACUCCUAUGGUGGAUAUUUACAAGGCUAUGGAGCGUUAGGAGGAAAAUUGUACAAAACCAACCAAUUAUACGGAUCUGGUCAAACUUACGGAAAUCAACAAACGUACGGUACUACCGGAAACACCUACGAAAAUCAAUACUACAACUCCAAGGGAAAAGUUGUAUCGAGCGAAGAAGUGUCCCGCCACACGAUCCACAAUGUAAUCAACAAAGUUCAAGUACCAGUACCGCAACCUUACCCAGUACCGGUGACGAAGACGGUCAAAGUACCGCGACCGUAUCCGGUGCAUGUCGACAAACCGGUGCCCGUUAAAGUGAGAGUCAACGUGCCGGUACCGGUGGAGAAACCUUAUCCGGUACAUGUUCCCGAGCCGCAACCGUACCCGGUAAAGGUUAAGGUGCCUUAUCCUGUGGAGAAACCUUAUCCAGUUACUGUUACGAAGACCGUGCAAGUACCGGUUGAAAAGCCUGUGUACAUCAGAGUGCCGCACGUCGUUAAAGUACCAGUACCUCAGCCUUACCCUGUACACGUUCACAGGAAAGUUACCGUGAAAGUACCCGAACCUGUAAUAGUCAAAGUACCGGAAAUCGUCAACGUUAAACAUCAUGUCCAGCAAACUGUCCAGCAAGGAGGAAAUCAAAACCUACAAGUAGAGGAUCUCCGAUUCGCGAAUCUGUCUCCUGGACGAGAAAGUUUCCAUGUUUCUGGACAAGAAGGUCUUCAAAACGGUGAUUUAUAUUCUGGAGUUGUUUCUGGCCAAGAAUUUCAUUCGUCGGGAGUAUCUGGUGGAGUAGUAUCCGGUCAAGAAGGUCUUCAGUCUUCAGGAGUCGUGUCUGGUCAAGAAGGAUUCUUUACAUCAGGACUAUCUGGUGGAGUAGUAACUAGCCAAGGAGGCUUACAUUCCUCCGGAGUAUCUUCUGGAGUUGUUUCUGGCCAGAAUCGUGUCCUUUCUUCGGGAGUAUCGACUGGAGCAGUUUCGGGUCAAGAAGUAUUCCAUUCUUCAGGAGUAUCCACAGGAGGAGUUUCUGGUCAAGAAGGAUUCCAUUCAUCGUCUGGAGUAGUUUCCGGUCAAGAAGGUUUCUAUCCAUCAGGAGGAGUAUCUUCUGGAGUAGUAUCUGGGCAAGAAAAUCUAUAUUACACAGGUGCAAUUCCCUCCGGAGGUUUACAAAAUGUCGUUGAGGGUUCACUGUCUGCUGGACAAGGCGAGUUCGUUUCUUCCGGAGUAACCGGUUCUUCAGGAUUCUCCUCCGGUUCCUCUGGAUUCUCAUCUGGUUCUUCUGGAUUUUCCUCAGGUUCUUCCGGAUUCACAGGCGGUUCUUCUGGAUUCACCUCCGGACAUGAAGUUUCUAGUCACGGACAAAUUCCUCCGUGUCCAUUGGAUCACGGAUGGAAUAAUGCCCACAAAGUCUUCGUAAGAGAAACUGAGAAAACCGAAAAAACGGAGAAGAAAGAUUGAAAGACCGCAGAUUUUAUUUUUCAUAUGUACGUUGAUAUUUGGCCAAUAAUGUAAAUUGUUU